AUGCGUCUCAGAUUUUUCCCUUUUUUGGUUAUCUUCUUCGUUUGCUUCAACAACAACAACCAAUCAUGGGGCUUAAUGAGCUCGAGCCAACAACCUCAGUUUUUCAAGCUUAUGAGAGACUCUCUCUCCGGCUACGCUUUGUCCUCUUGGAAUCUCUCGGACGAGAGUAGUCACUACUGUAACUUCACAGGGGUAAGCUGCGACGAUCAAGGGCUAGUCACCGAUCUUGAUCUUUCCGGUUGGUCUCUCUCCGGGAUCUUCCCAGAUGGGAUUUGCUCUUACUUCCCAAACCUUCGUGUUCUUCGUCUUUCUCGAAACCAUCUCAAUACAAGCAGCAGCUUCCUCAACUCCAUCCCUGAGUGUUCUCUUCUCCGAGAGCUUAACAUGAGCUCUCUCUAUCUUACAGCCACACUCCCUGAUUUGUCGCCGAUGAAAUCUCUAAGAGUCAUCGACAUGUCUUGGAACCACUUCACAGGUAGCUUCCCACACUCGAUCUUCAAUCUCACCGAUCUAGAGUAUCUUAACUUCAACGAGAACCCAGAGCUCAACCUAUGGACUCUACCGGUUUAUGUCUCUAACCUCAAGAAGCUCACACACAUGCUUCUGAUGACGUGUAUGCUCCACGGUAACAUCCCAAGAUCCAUUGGGGACUUGACUUCCCUUGUUGAUCUCGAACUCAGCGGAAACUUCCUCUCCGGCGAGAUUCCAAAAGAAAUCGGCAAUCUUUCAAACCUAAGACAGCUUGAGCUUUACUACAACUAUCACUUAACCGGAAGUAUACCGGAGGAAAUCGGUAAUCUCAAGAAUCUCACGGACAUAGAUAUCUCGGUUAGCAGGUUAACCGGAACCAUACCGGAAUCAAUCUGCAAUCUUCCCAAACUCCGAGUGCUUCAGCUCUACAACAACAGCUUAACCGGUGAGAUUCCAAAGUCACUUGGCAACUCAACAACCUUAAAGCUCUUGUCUCUCUACGACAACUACUUGACUGGUGAACUCCCGCCGAAUCUCGGAUCUUCCUCGCCGAUGAUCGCUCUCGAUGUCUCGGAAAACCGCCUCUCCGGUCCUCUUCCCGCGCACGUUUGCAAAUCCGGUAAACUUUUGUACUUUCUUGUCCUGCAAAACAGAUUCUCUGGUUCGAUCCCGGAGACUUAUGGGAGCUGCAAGACUCUUAUACGGUUCCGUGUAGCGAGCAACCACCUCGAGGGAGAGAUACCAAAAGGAGUCAUGUCUCUGCCUCAUGUCUCCAUCAUCGACUUGGCUUACAACUUUUUGUCUGGUCCAAUACCUAAUUCCAUCGGAAAUGCUUGGAAUCUCUCAGAGCUGUUUAUGCAGGGCAACAAAAUCCCUGGUGUUAUACCUCGUGAGAUCUCUCGUGCCACCAAUCUUGUGAAGCUUGAUCUCAGUAACAAUCAACUGUCUGGUCCAAUCCCUUCAGAGAUCGGAAGACUCAAGAAACUGAACUUGCUUGUGCUGCAAGGAAACAAGCUAGGUUCUUCGAUUCCUGAAUCUCUUUCCAAUCUUAAAUCUCUCAACGUUCUUGACCUGUCCAGUAAUCUCCUCACCGGAAUGAUCCCUGAAGACCUCUCCGAGUUACUCCCAACCUCCAUCAACUUCUCCAGCAACCAGCUCUCUGGUCCCAUCCCUGUCUCAUUGAUUAAAGGAGGCCUUGUAGAAAGCUUCUCGGAUAACCCUAAUCUCUGUGUUCCGCCAAAUGCUGGCUCAUCUGAUUUGAAAUUUCCCGCGUGCCAAGAGGCUCGUAGCAAGAAGAAGCUGAGCUCAGUAUGGGCGAUUCUCGUCUCUGUCUUCAUCCUUGUCCUAGGGGGCAUCAUGGUUUACUUGAGACAACGGUUGAGUAAAAAAAGAUCAGUGAUAGAGCAAGACGAGACCUCAGCGUCUUCUUUCUUCUCUUACGACGUCAAGAGUUUCCACCGCAUAAGUUUCGACCAGAGAGAGAUUCUCGAAGCUCUUGUGGACAAGAACAUCGUAGGUCAUGGUGGCUCCGGGACAGUCUAUAGAGUAGAGCUUAAAUCCGAAGAGGUGGUUGCAGUCAAGAAACUAUGGAGACAAAGCAGCAAAGACUCAGCUGCUGAAGACAGAUUGCAUUUGAACAAGGAGCUGAAGACUGAAGUUGAGACGCUCGGUAGCAUUCGCCACAAGAACAUCGUUAAGCUCUUCAGCUAUUUCUCAAGUUUGGAUUGUAGUCUCUUGGUGUAUGAGUACAUGCCUAAUGGUAACUUGUGGGACGCUCUUCACAAAGGCUUUGUUCAUCUAGAGUGGCGUACACGUCAUCAAAUCGCGGUCGGAGUUGCUCAAGGAUUGGCUUACCUUCACCAUGAUCUCUCGCCGCCAAUCAUUCACCGCGACAUCAAAUCCACAAAUAUAUUACUGGAUGUAAACUAUCAGCCUAAGGUUGCAGACUUUGGCAUUGCAAAGGUGUUGCAAGCUAGAGGGAAAGACUCAACCACAACCGUUAUUGCCGGCACCUAUGGUUACUUGGCUCCAGAAUAUGCAUAUUCCUCCAAAGCAACGAUCAAAUGCGACGUGUAUAGUUUCGGGGUGGUGUUAAUGGAGCUUAUCACGGGGAAGAAACCGGUGGAUUCGUGUUUUGGGGAGAACAAGAACAUAGUGAAUUGGGUUUCAAUAAAGAUUGACACGAAAGAAGGAUUGAAUGAGAUAUUAGACAAGAGAUUGUCGGAAUCGUCAAAAGCAGACAUGAUCAAUGCCUUGCGUGUUGCUAUCCGUUGUACAAGCAAGACUCCAACAAUCCGCCCAACCAUGAACGAAGUCGUCCAGCUUCUGAUUGACGCAGCGCCUCAAGCAGGACUCGACAUGACCUCUAAAUCCACAGCUAAAAUUAAUGAUGCAAUACUAUCAGAUCAUCUUACACAAACAAAACUCUAG